CGGAAGCUAACAGCAGUGCGUGUGAGAAUUUUCGGCAAACAACAUCGAUAGCUAAUACAUACCAUAAAAUGUAUCACUACCAGCAAGGUGAUAACAAUGGCGUCUACGGAGAUGCGGAGGCGGACAAAAGCUUUGCCUUCGAUGACCAAAGCAUACGCAAGGGCUUUAUACGCAAGGUCUAUCUGAUACUGAUGAUGCAACUGCUGAUCACCUUUGGCUUUGUGAGCGUUUUUACCUUCUCGAAGGCCACUCAGGAAUGGGUACAGGAGAAUACGGCACUCUUUUGGAUCGCGCUGGCCGUGCUAAUUGUGACCAUGAUCUGCAUGGCGUGCUGCGAGAGCGUGCGCCGCAAGACCCCACUCAACUUCAUCUUCCUCUUUCUGUUCACGCUGGCCGAAUCCUUUUUGCUGGGCAUCAUUGCCGGCCAGUACCAGGCGGACGAGGUGCUCAUGGCCGUGGGCAUCACAGCAGCUGUCAGCUUGGGACUGACGCUGUUUGCGCUGCAAACAAAAUACGAUUUUACCAUGUGCGGCGGCGUACUGGUCGCCUGCCUGGUGGUCUUCAUCAUCUUUGGCAUCAUAGCCAUCUUCAUACCGGGCCAGAUCAUCGGACUGGUCUAUGCCUCGUUGGGCGCGCUGCUGUUCUCUGUGUAUCUGGUGUACGACACACAGCUGAUGCUGGGCGGCAAUCACAAGUACGCGAUCAGCCCCGAGGAGUACAUCUUCGCUGCGCUCAAUCUCUAUCUGGACAUCAUCAACAUCUUCAUGUACAUACUGACCAUCAUUGGGCUGGCGCGUAACUAGGCUGGACUGGGCUAGGCUAGGCUAGUCGUUGCUUUAUCUAGAUUUAUUUAUUAUUUUUUAUUACCUAACUGAGAUUACGUGUCGGAAUUGUUCAAGAAAUAUAUUUA